CCCAAUGGCACAGAGUUCGGUUUCCAUUCGGGCCUCGAGCUACAAUGAAGAAAGUCAUAGCGGCACUCCUGAUCCUCUGGGCCUCGCUAUUCCUGGGAUCCCGAGAGGGAUCGGCUUUCCUGCUCGACGCGGAAUGCGGAAGGUCGCUUCGAACCAGGCCAACUUGGAGGAGUUACAUUGGUAGCAGGACUGACGCACUGGCCAAUCCUUGGAUUGUUUCGGUGAUAGUGAAGGGCGAGGCCAAGUGCAGUGGAUCGCUCAUCAAUCAUCGAUUUGUUUUGACGGCGGCACAUUGCGUAUUCAGAGAAGCCAUGCAGGUGCACUUGGGUGAGUUCGACGCCUGGAAUCCUGGACAAGAUUGCAGCUCGGGUGCUCGCUCACCAAACGCAUAUUGCGUUCGGGUCGACGAGAAGAUCGUGCACACCGGAUUCGGCGAAACACAAGCCCAACGGUACGACAUUGGCCUACUCCGGAUGCAGCAUGCGGUGCAGUACUCAGACUUCGUGCGCCCCAUUUGCCUGCUCAUCAAUGAGCCAGUGGCGACCAUCGACCGAUUCCAGAUGACCGUCUGGGGCACCACUGCAGAAGGCCAUCGGAGCAUACCGCGGGUGCUGAAGCAUGCCGUUGGGGAGCGCAUCGAUCGCGGACGCUGCAGCUUGAAGUUCCAGCAGCCGGUGGACGAGUCCCAGAUAUGCGCCCGCACUGAGACGAACGACGCAUGCAGAGGUGACUCCGGUGGCCCCAUUAGUGCGGAGAUCCUCUACGGGGGCAGGUAUCGCACCUUCCAGUUCGGCAUCAUCAGCUUCGGCUUGAGUUCCUGUGCGGGCCUAAGUGUCUGCACCAAUGUGACUCACUACGUGGACUGGAUCUGGAAUGCUCUGGUCAUCUCGUCGGCAUGAGCACAUUGUGCGUAUUAUAUGUAUAUGUAUAAGUUAUUAUAAACGUUUAAGCUGCAGUAAAGAUUGGGAAUAGCAAUUAGAGAGUACUGCCUACUAGCUAAGCCAACGUGGGUGAGCUGCUUCGAUCCGGGUGCUUUGGAAGUAGAUGAGAUAGUAGAGAG